AUUUGAAAGCAUCGAUGAGUAUCAACCUGCAACCUCCUUCCUUUGCAAGUUGUGUUUACAAUUUACAACUUUGUCUUUUGUAUCUGUAGUUAUGUCAGGCGGUAAAGCUUGCGGCGUCGCCGUCUGCCGCAACAGUUAUUACACGACGAGAGACAAGGAGGAGGCGGUGAGCUAUUUCAGGUUCCCAAAGGACCCGAAGUUGAGAAAGUUGUGGGUGUCCGCUUGCCGCAGGAAGGACUCCAUCAACCCCGAGACCUCCUGCGUCUGCUCGGACCACUUCUACCCGGAGGAUUUCGUCAGAGACAUGCGGGUCGAACUCGGUUUCGCCAAGAGGAAAAAACGUCUGAGACCUGGGUCCGUGCCGUCUCGCCGGCUCAUCCUCAACAAGGGCCUGACGAAUGAGCAACCGACUAAGCCAUGCACUGAAGGAUGUGCAGGAGCAGACGAUGACAAUUUUUAUCCACCAUCGGCUUUUGCUGAUAAACCGACAUCUGACCUUUCUUCUGCUUCUGCUUCAAAUCAGUCACAAGAAGAUUAUGAAACUUUGUUGGUUGAACAUCAACGACUGAAAGAAGAAUUCGAUGAAUUUAAAAAAGUGGCAUCUCUAGAGAUUAAAAAAUUAAAACUCAAAUUAAGAAGAAAAAAUAAGCACACAGAUGGUCGAACGAGAACCAUUCUUGAAAAACCAUUUGACAACACAAUUGAUCUACUUCCUAAAUUAAAAAAGGCCCAAAAAGACUGGAAUUGUGUCUGCCAUUCUUUGUCUUAGCUUACAAAAUUAAUAUAAAUUUUGUACGAGGUUUGUGAGGAAAUUUUUAAAUUCGUUUGGCUUGUUGAACAAUGGUUUUUUAGGUGUAUAGAAACUACUUGAGUCGAAUUUUCCUGUGAAUGUGUGUGUGGUGAUUAGUUAUUUUUAUUUAUGUUUAUUUCAUUGAUAUCAGAUAUUUAGAUUCAGACAAGUAACUCCUUGAAGGAUUGACGUCAAAGUUUAUUUACUGGUAAUUUUAAUAUUAAGUGUGAAUUUUUUUAAUAUUAUCACACCGUCUGAUGAACGAUAAUAACUGUUUAUUGCAUUAGAUGGUCCAAUUUGACAUUUAUUCAGUCAAAUAAAAAAGUAAAAAAAAAAAAAAAAAAAAAAAAAAAACGGUUUUGGAUUUUCAAAAAAAUAAAAGGUGAGUAUUUCAAAAACAUUUUCUGUUUUUUCUCUGUUUUGGGCUAUUUCUCACCCAUCAUCAGGAAACCCUAACAAGAAACAGUACUAAUUAGAAAAAA